GCCUCGGAACGUGACGGGACGACAGCUCUGCAGCCAGGAUUGCCGGAGGCCGGAGGAGCAAACAGCCGAAGAUGAAGAGCGCGGACGAGUGUUUGUCCAAGAAGAUUGUCUGCAACGGCAAUGGCGUUUCAGAGCUGGAGGCAGAGGUGUUAACAAGAAAACACGGUGCUCACGCUGGAAAGCACACGAUGACAAUCCCGCGGAUCAUCCUCACUCAUCCCUCUAUAUCAGAUGAAGAUGCAGAGCUCUUGACACAGACACCCGGCAGAGAGCCGCUGCAUGACUUUGACCUUCCUGACAGACACGUACACCCCGACUGUUUCGACAGCGCUUUCUUCCCACCCUGACCUUAGCGCCCAACUGUGGACAUGAAGGACACAGACUAUUAUUACCAGGAUCUUUUGUUUUUUAAUAGCUGCAGCAUUUUCAGAGACGUGUUCAUGGAAGGUUCAGCGUGAGGACAAACUGUUGGAAUGUUUGUUUUACUGCCAAGCAAAACUUUAUGUCUGUCACACUCAACUGCUGCUACUAGUACUUGAUGUUAUUAAAGAUGGGCAGAUUUCUGAAUUUAUUUUUAUGGCAAGAACCAAGAACCGAGUUUUGCCUACUACAGAGAACAGUAGAGCAUGACCAGACUGGUCUCUAAUGCAGAAAUAAGAUGCAUGACAUCAUGUUACACACACUCAAUUAGACGAUGAAUGCCGCUGGCUGCUUCUACUUUACAUUGUCGUGUUGUAAGUUGUGAAUGUGAUGUCAAAUGCCCGUGACAAUGUGAAGCACAGGAACUUUUUUUAAUUGUCUCCGCUGACAUCAAAUGUCUAAUGGCUGAACAGAAAGCACAGCGGGGAGUCCAGAGUCCUGAGACCGAGGGAACUCCGCUCCACAUCUGCUGUUGCACCACUUCACACUCAUGAGAUCAGACACUCUGCACAAAUGUUUGUGAAAGACAAACACUGGAAGAUUCUAUUCUCUCGGAUCCAAAGCCUAGAAUGUACAAACUGUAGACGUCGAUACCCGCCCUGUGUUAGUUCACAGCUUUUUCACAGAAAGAAGAGUUGACUGUUCAGUGUUUUUAAUAAAGCGAAAAUAUAUUGUUUACC